AUGCUAUCUACUCCGGAAACAUCGGGUUCUCCCGAGGCCGCCAACAGAACCCAGUCAAAGACCAAUCCGCAACCUUCCGGGCCGUCAGGACCUCUGCAAGGCCAGAAGAGUCUAUUUCGAGUCCCCCUGUACCGAUCCUCCGCUACUGGACCCUCAAGCAGCGAAGGGUCCACUGAGCGUGUGUACCAUGCGCGGCGGCCGCACCGCAAAUCCCGCUUCGGCUGUCUCGCUUGCAAGAGAAGACGAGUCAAAUGCGAUGAGACUCAACCCCACUGCCUGCGAUGCCAGAAACAUGGCGUUACAUGUGUAUAUGCUGGUCAAGAUUGCUCGGCCAACGAAAGGGGCGUUGUCUCCUUGUUCAUUGAGAAAAAGCCUGAGCUGGUAUCACCAAGUUCUAGAGAAUAUUCAAUGUAUCUCCUCGAAGUGGCAGAGAAAAUAGAUGAUCUGCUGCAGCUUGGAUCGAAGAAGCGACACUUACCCGAUGCCGUUCGCGCUCUGCAUCAUUUCCAUUACGCCACAACUCCUACCAUUGCCAAUCAGCGCACACAGAAACUCAUGAGAAACCAAUUGACCCAAUUAGCCUUCAAUACACCCUUCCUCAUGCACACCGUCAUAGCGGUGGCAACCUCCCAUCUUCGUUAUGUUGUGCCUGACAACACCACUUACAAAAUGGCCGAAGCGUAUCACUGGCAACAAGCGAUCAGCCAGUACUCCAAGGAGCUCGCCUGCACAGUCGGUCCGCACAACAUGGACGCUCUCUUCUCCACAUGCCUGCUCAUGACCGUCCACUCGUUCGCACUGGAGGAAUACAAUCCCCGCAGAUCCUUUGUCUUCUCCGACGACCCAGGAGCCCUGAGCUGGCUCACCUUACAGGGCGGUCUGCGGCACCUCCUGGGGCUCACCCAACCCUGGCUGUGCAUCAGCAUGUGGUGGGAGAUCUUCAUGGCGUCCCGCGAGGAGACUCAAGCCUUCGGCGACCACGGGCCCGGACGGGUUGGUCUGCACCCGGAGCUCGCUGAUAUCUGCGGUAUCGACGACACAGCCACGGAAGAGAGUAAUCCGUACCUGUGGCCGCUGCGGAUGCUCACGCCCUUGCUCCAGGCCGAACGGUCCAUCAAGAGCUUCUCGAAGUAUACGAACUUCAUGGGCCGUUUGUUGCCGAGCUUUUGGGCACAGCUAGCGAAGAAGGACCCGCCUGCGUUGAUUAUUCUCAGCUGGUGGCUGGCGCUGAUGGACUCUGUUCGGCUCUGGUGGGCGGAGAACCGGGUGCGUUCCGAGUGUGCGGCUAUCUGCAUGUAUCUCGAGAACAGCGAGGAUCCGCGCAUCUUGAAGCUGUUGGAGUUUCCGGCGGAGGUCUGUGGGUAUCUGCUCAAGCAUGUUCAGGAACGUGCUGAGAUGGAGGGACCCUUGAUUAUACCAUAUGAGCCCCGUCAGCCGGUAGAAUGA